CAAACUACUGUAAACUACCACGAAGAAGCAGUAACUAGGCACAGCAACAGAUGCUAAAGUUAGCUCACUACGCUGCAGGUUGGCUUUCAUGGACACCAACUUUCCCGUGACACCUGUGGGUGCUCGCCGCAGAGGACAAUGGAGAGAGCCAAUCACAUCAACGUUGCAAUGCUGGAAGACAUCGGCACCAACGGGACGGCCACCUCAAAGGGGGGGGUCACGUUCUCGGAGCAGAGCAAGCAGCCGUGUGGAUCCACCGUGAGCUUCCACAACGUCCAGUACAAAGUGCAGCUGAAGAGCGGCUUCUGCAAGAGGAAAAGCAGCCCCAAGGAAAUCCUGGUGGACCUCAAUGGGAUAAUGAGACCCGGCCUGAACGCAAUUCUCGGACCUACUGGAAGUGGAAAAUCUUCUUUCUUGGAUAUUCUGGCUGCGAGGAAGGAUCCUUCAGGCCUCUCAGGAGAAGUUCUCAUCGACGGAGCUCCGCAGCCUCCAAACUUCAAGUGCCUCUCAGGCUACGUGGUUCAGGAAGAUGUGGUCAUGGGGACCCUGACCGUGAGGGAGAACCUGCGUUUCUCCGCAGCUCUGCGGCUGCCCAGCUCCGUGCCGCAGAGUGAGAAGGAGGCUCGAGUCAAUCACCUCAUCCAAGAACUGGGUCUCACCAAAGUGGCCGACUCCAAGGUGGGCACCGAGAUGACCCGGGGGAUCUCAGGAGGAGAGAGGAAGAGGACGAACAUUGGUAUGGAACUCAUUAUCGAUCCCUCAGUUCUCUUCCUGGAUGAACCGACCACUGGACUGGAUGCUAGCACUGCCAACUCCGUGUUACUGUUGCUGAAAAGAAUGGCCAAUCGUGGAAGAACGAUUAUUAUGUCGAUCCACCAACCUCGCUACUCAAUCUACAGACUGUUUGACACUCUGACUCUGCUGGUUAGUGGUAAAAUGGUUUAUCAUGGACCAGCUCCCAAUGCUUUGGACUACUUCGCCAACAUUGGUUAUCCCUGUGAGCCCCACAACAACCCAGCUGACUUCUUUCUAGAUGUUAUUAAUGGAGACUUUACUGGUGCAACCUUGACCAAAGUGCACGGCUCUGAAGGGUCAGAUUUGGACUUUGAGGAGCUCAGCAGCUCCAAGCAGAGCAUCGAGAAGCACCUGAUCGAGGAGUACAGGAACUGCAGCUACUCCACUGACACACGAGCCGAGCUGGAACGUAUCGUCCAGGACAAGGAGUUCAUCUUACGUCCGAAGGCUCGCACCAUCACCUACAACAGCUCCUUCUUCCACCAGCUGAGAUGGGUGCUACAGAGGACCUUCCAGAACCUCAUGUUGAACCCACAAACAUCUGUUGCCCAGCUGGGAGUCAACAUUUUCCUCGCCCUCAUCGUCGGAGCCAUAUUCUUCGGGAUCAAAGACGAUCAGAGUGGACUCCAGAACAGGAUGGGCGCCCUCUUCUUCAUCACCACUAACCAGUGUUUCAGCACUGUGUCUGCAGCUGAGCUCUUCAUCACUGAGAGGAAACUGUUUGUACACGAGUACAUCAGUGGUUACUACAGAGUGUCCGUCUACUUCCUGUCAAAGAUCCUGUCGGACGUCACCAUGCGCACCUUCACCUCUGUUGUCUUCAGCUGUAUUGUUUAUUUUAUGAUCGGGCUCAAAUCUACCGUCACUGCAUUUUUCAUCUUCACGCUGACCGUCACUCUGGUGGCCUACACAGCCACAGCCAUGACCAUGGCCAUCUCGGCCGACCAGAGCGUCGUGGCUCUGGCCAACAUCUUCAUGACCAUCACCUUUGUCUUCAUGAUGAUUUUCUCAGGUCUCCUGGUGAACCUGCCCAGCAUCAUGGAUUGGCUGGCAUGGCUGAAGUACUUGAGUAUUCCUCGCUACGGCCUCGCGGCCUUGAACAUCAAUGAGUUUGUUGGUUUAAAGUUCUGUGAGGAGGCCGUGAGACAAGACGCCAACAUGUCGGCUGGAGCGUCAAACUGCAGCAUGAGCACAGCCGCUCUCACGUGCACAGGAGAGCAGUAUCUGGACUACCUGGGGAUCGAGUACACCACCUGGGGACUGUGGGAGAACCACACGGCUCUGGCUGUUAUGUCCGUCGUAUUCCUCCUCAUCGCCUACCUGAAACUACGCUUCAUCAAGAAAUUCACUUAGAAUGUUAAAGUCUGAAUAGUGAUUCAUUUUUGUCGUUGAGAAACCAGACCAGCAGAGAGAAGUUCACAAAAAUAUCUAAGGAUAAGAGUUAGAUGAGAUACCACAUAUCUGUACUCAGCAGUAAGACUGGAAGCAGAGGGGUUUUCAGGUUGUAAUGAUCUGAGCUCCUUUUUGUAUCUUUUGGAGAUUUUCCCCAAAUGUGUCGCCUUUAUUCUUCUUCUUUUCCACUGAGUGUUAUUUAGAUUGACAGAGGAUAGAGACUGAUAUUCAUAACAGAAAACAAAUAGGCUUAAACUUUUUCUGUCCACGGUGAGAUAUAAGCCUUCCACUCACAUGUGAAGAUUCAAGUAAUUGCAGUUGUUUUAUAUUUCAGUAACGGUGGAUGUAAAACAGAUGUGCAAAGGAUUGUCUCAGGACUUGUCAAGCACUGGAAUUCAAAAUAUUAGGCGACUUUUAUGCCAGUUUGGUUUGAUGCUCUGAUUUGACCUCAGUCCACCGUUGAGCCUCUGUUGAUAUAAAAAUACCGAAUAGCUUUAAAGUACAGUUAUGAGAUUAUUGAUCUUUUCAUCUAACUCUCGGCAAGAGCGUGAUUGUAUUUAUGAAAAUGUCAAACUAUUCCUUUAAAUGUGCCUUUGUCUUUUUCACAAAACCUGUUUCCACCAAGUUAACGUUUCAUCGCCUCAUUUGCCUAAAACAGGUGCAAGUUUCUGUUAUUUCAGUGUUAUUCAAUGUGAUUAUUUAUGAAUAUUUACAGUUGUUGUAUUGUUAAAAAAUCAGAUGCCUUUAUUCAGUACUUGUGUAUCUCAGUAGUGUUGAUGUAUUCAGCCUUUGCACAUUUACCAAAUUACACCAAAGUGAAUUCACCUCAAG